UUAUGGAAAGCAUAAUAUGAAAUACUAAUUAGUAUGCCAUACAUUGAAAGUAUUUAGCUGCCAAUUCAGCAGUUUGACAGCGAAGUUUUCAUUUCGAUGGAAAUUUCGAAGAGGCAACAUAUCUCAUUUACACAUACGCCGACGGCAUUUUCAUUUCAGUAAUUUUAGAUUUAGUAGAGCAAGUAUUAAGACGGUUUUUAUAUUAUACAAAUAAAGUACAUUUUCUAAAUAACAUUUUUCCAAAAAAUUAAGAUUUACCGUGCGAUUCUGUAACGUGAGACUAUCUCAAGUCUCUAAAUUUGAGAUUUUAAGUCAGAGACAAUUUUUGAGGCUUAAGACGAUUUUGCUAUUCUGUAAGUGUGGAGUGAUCCAAAUUUAUGUAAAAUUGAUUUAUUUUUAAAUUUUUCGUGUUUGAGCUGCUUAUAACGAUCGAUCGUUCGAUCGCUAUGUGUAAACAUGCGGUUUACUCGUGUAUGGGCUUGUUCGCGUACCGAUCCAUGUUCGCGAAAAUUUUUGAUUUUUUACGAUCGGUGCGCGGACAUGUUUAUCUUGUAUGGCGUUGUGAACGCACAAAAUCUCAUUUCUCUCGUGUCGCCGAGCAGUGAAGAUCGCGGACGAACAAUGGCAAGUGUAAAUAAAGAUUUUGUAUCAGAGUUUAUUGAUCUUUUAAAAACUGAAGUAGCAAUUUGGCAAACGAAAAGUGAUAAAUAUAAAAAUAAAAGUGAAAAAAAUAGAAGUUGGAAUAAUUUAUUAACAAAAUAUAAAGAAAUCGAUAAAAAUGCUACAUUAGAAACCGUCAAAAAAAAGUAUAAUGGUUUAAGAUCUUGCUAUAGACGCGAAUUGCAAAAAGUUCGGAGAAGCGAGAAAUAAGGAACAAGCUCAGAAAAUAUUUAUGUACCAACACUGUAGUACUUUGAAAGCAUGAAUUUCCUUAUGGACCAAGAAAUUCAAUGGAAGGGAUUUCGUCGUUUGAGGAUUGCGACGAUGAAGAAAGAGAACCUAACAAUAAAAGACAGAAGAUAACAGUAAAGGAUUUCUUGAGGAAAGCAGCGAACUUUUUGGAUAAAUCUGAAAGCAAUCCAAAAAAGGAUGAAGCGACCAUUCAUGGAGAAGCAUGGGCUGUAACAUAUAGGAAGUUAAAUAAGGAGCUGCAAUUGUUUGCUAAAAAAUUAAUUGACGAAACUUUGUUACAUGGUCAAUUGGGAAACCUAAACCUAACAUCAUUUAUAAAUAUUGAAAAUCCUCGGCCACAUUUUUCGCAUCAUAUUUAUCAGCUUUACAACCGUUCAUCGCAAUAUUCAUCACAUCCAGCUGUACCAAUACAAAUAAUUUCGAAUGAAGUUAUUUCUCCUUCAUCAAGUCAAUCAUUCCAACAUCUAUUCGAUAGCCCGGAAUUCCAAGAUUUUAGCGAAUAAUAUAAGUUUACAACUAUAGCAUUAAGUACAGAACAUUGUAAAACAAGAUUUCUGUAAAUUCAAAUGUGUACCUGAAUUAACACCACAUUUUGAUCUCAGUAUUGAAUUUUUGUUUGUUUUUUUAAUAUGAAUGUAUUUUAUCUUUUAUGUUAUAUUUUUUACAAAGUGUCCUUAGAGAAUUGACUACUAACAUAUGUAUUUAUUACUUAUUUACUUGAAUAAAUGGCUUUAAUUGAUCAACUAUAGCUUCACAGGUCUCUAAAAUAAUUUUUCCAAGGCAUUGGGCUGAAAUAUUUGUUAAGAAUUUUAAAUCUUCGUAGGUUUGUCCAGAAGCAAGGAACCUUAAUGUUGCAGAUAACCUCUCAUUUGGCUUAAUUGCAUCGCGCA